GGAGCGCCGGCAGCUGGGCCACCCCCUCCGGCACCGGGUGCCGGACUUGCCGGCCCUCCUGCCGCCGGCGUAGCCGCCCCGGGCCCCCCGCCCCAGCAGACUAUGAGCUUUUACGGACCGCCACAAGGUAGCUACCACCACCAGUACAACCCAGGAACAAAUAUCGCCGUUCCCCUGGGUCAGCCACCCGGCGGAGUUCUUCCGCCCGGCCACGUCGCACUGGAUCCCGGGCUGGUGCAGCACGGAAAGACUAACGCCAAGGGAAAGCUGGUCGCACCGCCACCCGUUGCUACGAAAGGCGCUCCGCCCGCGGCCUGGGGAGCAGCCGGACCACCGCCGGCUGGCCCGCCGCCGGGCGGCAAGUACAAUGCCGCGUACCGGGGAGGAGGACCAGGACCAGCGGCCGCAGGAGGACCAGCUGCCGGAGCUCCACCCCCUGGCAUGGCACUCUACCACCAACGAGGACCCGGCGCGUUCGGCAAAGUCGGGCCGGGCCCGCCGCCCGGAGCAGGGGCACCUCCGCCUCCCUACCACCAUCCCGGUGCACCACCUCCACCGCCACACCAGUAUGACCCAACAUCGAGCACCGGAGGACCUGCUCCCCCGCCGCCGUUGUAUUCGUACUUUCCCCCGGGAGGACCUCAGGCGCCCCCUCCUGGCGGAGUUCCUCCGCACCCACAACAUGUCGCACCCCCGCAGCAGCACGCAUUGUCCUCCCCGAACACGUCGGCAGCACAGGCACCACCAAGCGGGCACCCGAUGAGCUUCGCUGGCUAUGGCCCGCCGAAUGUGUUGCCCCCUGGCGGAACGCAACCUGGUCCGGCAAAAAAGCGUAAGCGGUCCGAGGAGUCCUCCAGCUCUUCCUCCUCCUCAUCCGGGGACGGUGAGGAUCGGUCUCCAUCUAGAAACAAUGGGCCAACCUAUCAAGAUGACAAGUGCCCGGCCGCCCUGCGUCAUGAUGUCAGAAGUUGUCACUGCGAACUCCUACUAGCAUUGUUGCAUGUUCUUGUUAGCGAGCCGUUUUCUUCUUGCAUGAUUAUAAUAAAUAUGCAUGACAUUUUUAGGGUGUGGGCAGCUUUUCAGCUUGAUACACGGUCCACAACGACUCACAUAUCGGCAGGGCAGCAACAACAAACAAACGCCGACUUUUCUCAAAAAAGACCGCAGAAAGGCAAAGGCAGCAAGGCGGCGGGAAGCAAGCAAAGGAACCACCCCGGCGGUGCUGCAACAAAUGCGACCGCGCCCACGGGAAGCAAGAGGCCCAGGGUCGGAUACGAACACGUGGGCGGGCCGGGGCAGGGAAAACUAUUGCCGCCACCCGUCCCACAGCAUUCCCGGACGGGGCACGCAGGAGAACAGCCUCCAACCGAAGCGCAGGCUAUAAUAGUGCACAACUCCUUGCUCUACCUGUGCACCCGCUCACUUGUCACGCAAAAUGAAAAUGAUACGAAUUGAAUACAAUAAAUAUGUAUGCCAAAUCGUAAGUAACUCGUCGAACUUCCAGACGCAUCCUAUCUGCUUGUGUUUCCAUACACAACUACCAAGUGCUGGAGGAAGCCCCACAGCACUCAAGCACCACACUCUGGGCGUGAACUGGCCUUGCAAAAGCUCCAGGCAGCUCCAGUUCUAUGUGUAUGUAUAAUAUAACAGCUAUUUGCGUCGCGUCUAUAGAUGCGUAUCUAGCUUUUCUUUUGAGGGAAACACGAGGGAGCAGUUCUUGUCCACUUUCAUACGGUCUACUGCGGCGGAAGAACUAGGAAUGCCUAUGGAUAUGGAGUCCGGCUCCGAGUUUUCGGAGAGCAAAAAAGCUGCUGCGGCCAAAGGCAACGCUAGCAAAAGUAAGAACUCGUCCUCGACGCAGCCCCGUGCCGGCGCAGCUGCAGUGGUGGUGCCCCCCAUUCUGUUUGGUCGCGUGACGGAACAGGGGAAGGUGGAAACCCUGAACAAGAACAACGCGACCUCGUUAUCCAGCGGCGCCGUCCCCGCCGCCGCCGCCGCGCCGGGCUCUUCCAGCGCGGGAGGCAAAAAGACUCCCAAAGCUGGCGCGGACGUGCUCCCGCCGCCACGGUCGGCACGAAGCACCGGCUCUACCGGAGGAAACAAAGCCGCGCAACAGGUCUUCGACCACCUAUCAAAGUAGAUCACGACUCCCCCGCCGCUCAGUUUUCAUCCAAAAUCCAAAGUCCUAUGUAUGUAUGACCGCUGGUGUCCGAGUCUUCCUCGUCCUUCCUUCCAGUUCUUGCAUGUGACAAGGGCCUAAAGCUUAAGCGCCUGCUCGGAGGGCUCGGGUGCUGCCAUAUGCCCAGACGCGAUCUGCGCGACUCGUGAGGUGAGGUUAACGAACUUUACUUCUCAAGCAUGAAGAUGCUACGACUGCAGGAGGAGCUAUGUACGUUUUUUUUUGUUCUACGUAAGUGCGUUGACGUAGACAUUAACGCUCUUGUCGGUCGCGCUGCAGAUGCUCCUCAAGUGAUGGUGAUGCGGAGGGGGACAAUAUGUCCAUUUUCAUACGAGCACGACAAAAGCUACCGAGGCUCCUCAUCAGUCCACGCCGCAAACACGCACAGUAUCACACAGAAUCAGAAAAUUAUGAAGUGAGUGUCUCGAUGAUCGUGUAAGAUGAAAGUGAUUUGCAAUGCAGAUAUAGACACACGUGGUCGCUGUCGAUACAUAGACGAGGCCACAGCGUCUUCCUCAGGCAUGCCGCGUUUUUUGUGAUGUAGUUUCUCUUAACUUUAUGGAAUAUUCAAACGUUACAUGAAUUCGUCGCGCAGGAUUUCUAUCUCUGCAUCCACGCGAUCAGGCUGCUUCGCGUGACAAAUGCUCGAAGGGUUGAAUACGUAGCAUGGACGUCCUCCGUGCCGAGUUUGUACUAUAGGCGAGAGCUGCAAGCCCCCCCUUCCCCUCGUGCUAUUCUUACAUCGCGCACUCAUGUAACAGCUGAUAGCGUAAAAACGCUUUAGAACUCCAUAGACUUUCUCUCACAGAUGUACAAGCUCGAAGGUUCUUGCUCUGUAUGCCGAAUUUUUUCUCACUACUGCAGUUGUUGUUCUAUUUCUCUACUUCUAGGAUUACACACCUGCACGCGGGAGGAUUUUUCCCGGUCAUCUUAAGAAGCGCGCGCUCGAUUCUGUUUCUGUAUGAUACCUGGAGACGUGAACUUUAACGCAAUGCCGGACCCCGUCGCCCCAUCCGUGUUGGGAAGUCCCGAUGACGUGCUUGGCCACUUGGAUGCCGUAUCCUUUGAAAAUCGUCACCACCUGGCUGCAACUCGGCAUUGAUUUAUCGAUUUCUACAUGAUGCUGCCUAAAAACUAUCUGCAGUGCAACCAGAAGACAAAGAGAAAGACUCCUUUUUGUAUAUAUUACCACAGUUGUCCACUAUGAAUAAAUAAAUGAUAGCGAGGAUCUGCAUCUUCAUCAUUGGCAACAUGGGCACGCUGCACACGCAUCAUGGAUGAAAAAAUGUUGAUCAACAGGCACAGGGGUGAAAGUGAUUUUCUGUUGCAGAACCCGAACUUGUUCGUCAGAUGCAAAAUGAGAUUUUAGUAAAGCAUGGAAGAGUUCUUCUCGGACGGGGGUUGGACCCGUUUCGUGCCACCGAGCUCGCGCACCAGCACCUCGGACACAAGCCUCUCAAAGGAGUUGUGAAAAAAUGUUUUCCGGGCCAAGUAUUCAAAAAGAAAACACGACUGCAAUCACUUUUAGGUUGUGCCACUUGUAGUUCCGUGCAAUUUUGCGAAUCGGAAUUGAAAAAGACUCCUCGUCCAUUGUAGUUUUUACUGAGUAGUGCUAAUGCAUCACAGGAGUCAAGGUUUUUAUAUGGUUCUCGUUCUGCUCCCAAACGAACAAGAAUACGACAUGUCAGAUUUCUACGCACGCACGCGCAAUUGCUAUGUAUUGCAAAACGUAAACUUACAAAACCGUGAUUGUGAAAGUGUUUUUUUGUUCCAGCAUACCAAAGGUACUACGACUUGCGCGUAAUAUGUCCACAAUAUACUUGCUGCAGUUUCUUGAGUUUUGGUAACUCGAACUCCACCACCAUGCAAAUAUGCAAAAAUCCCCAUCAGAAAAUCUUAAUGACACAGCUACCUUUGUAGCUGUAGAAGUAGAUACUUUUCGUGGGGUGACUCGCAGGAGUAGUUUUCCCCCUUUCUUAUUUCUAUUUGAAAGAUUUGGGCCGGUACAUGAUUCCUAGAAGCUGAUCCUAACGCGUGGCGUUGUUGGUCUUCAAGUUCCGCGGCCCCUCUGGGUGGGAUUGUGGAAAGAGCCAGCGUGGACGUUGUCCGACAUUUCCAUUUGCGCUGUAAUGCAUUCACGUAUUCAGAAAAAGUAAAGUAUAUAGAACCUUGUCGCUCUUGCCCUUGCGUCAAGAAAUAAGUACAAGCUGGUAGCUGCUAGCGCGCUCUGAGUGCACGACAGUGCCACAACACCAAUAAGGGUUCUUCCCAGCGGAGAAGGGGGAGCUAGGAAGAUUGCGUAGGAAAGAAUGGCAGCAGCUACCCUGGUUUGACUGCGCCACAGAUGUGCAGCUACUACACCAAUGAGGGUGCUUCCCAGCAGGGAAGAGGGAGUUGGGAAGAUUGCGUAGGAAAGGCGGGCUGCCAGCGCGCUCUGACUGCGCCCCAGUGCCACUCCACCAAUGAGGGCGCUUCCCAGCGGGGAGGAGGGAGUUAGGAGGAUGAGGAUUGGGAUUGCGCAGGAAAGAAUGGCAGCUAGUAGCGCGCUCUGAGUGCGCAACGGUGCCACUCCGCCUUUGCGGGGCGCUUCCCAGCGGGGAAGAGGGAGUGGGGUACACCUAUGAGGGCACCGCUAGUGACGGCGCUCUCCAGCGGGAGGAGUUCUUUAAGGAAAUUCGCCACUGAUGGUGGUUUUCGCGGCGUCAGCUUAGCGUCUCGGAAGGCCAUGGAGGCCGCGAUAGCUGAGACUAAAGAGAGAUUGAUCGCACGUGCUGAAGUCCACUGAAGGAGAUCCCCCCCGGCCUCCGAAAUUAUUGCUGUGCUCUUUGAUUUUAUUGAAUUCGCCUGGGCCCUUUCUUUGAAGGGGAGCCGAGCUUCUUUCUAACUAUGGGUGCUCGCUAGGGACGUUCGCUCGCUCAGAUCGAAAAUCUUCUGGCGACUCAACAGGGUAUGAUAAGUAGCACGAUAAUGCAUUCUAUGUUUAUGUAUCGUCACUUUCACGACGUAUUCUUUUUUGAAAUCUAAACAAGAUUAAACGACCUAUCAGGUACGGGUUUCUGCAGAGCAAGGCUCUGCACCCUUUCUUCCCGGAUCAGGAUCUGUAUUUUCGUGUGCCCGAAUAUGAAUGUGUCACACCCAGGUAGGAAAUAGUACAAGUGGAACUUGGAGCAGCCAUUUCUAAGCGAUGCGUGGCGAACUUGAAUUUCACUAGCUCUUAGACCGAAUUUGUCAUGCUGUUUAGGUCGGCAAAGAUACGACACGGAGGUGCCCCCUGCAAUGCGCGGACUUUUUGGUUUUGGCGCGUCGCGUUUCAUUCACAAAUGCGAGCAGUCCCAGCAUGAUCGUCUAUUUUGUUCAUUAUUUCCCACCUGAAACCUCCAUAUCGACGGCACCAAAGUGGAAGGCUUCGAAAUCGGAGAGGAGGUGGAGUUCACGUUUGCAUAUAGCAAGGACGCAAAAGGUGCUCCUUCUUGCGUCGCGUACCUGCAACUUCCUGCGCCCACCCUGUUCGGCGUCGCACUGCCUAUCAAAUGCAAAUAUCAAUACGUCUGCUGCGUCUGGAAACUUAAACUUAUUUUAUAUGAUGCUGAUUAGACGAGGGGCGCCUCAAUAGUUGUGACGACCAAUCAUGACCACAACUUUUUGAGUUCCUAUAGCUAUACUCGUUGAAUAUUCUGCAUGGCAGACUGCUUGUUCACCAGCAUCACAGAAAUUCAGCUUUCGGUCGCAUGGGUAACUCGCAUGACAGAUUUGUUCUUUGUCCUCUUUGUGGGCCAUCACCAUGCAGCAGGCCAAGCAUGAUAAACCAAAAGCUAAACCUUGCAGUCUUCGUCCACACCCAGACAUAUUUGCACUGCAUACUGCCGACCGCGUUGACACCGCGCGGCCGGGAAGAGGACGGCGCGGAGAUCAGCAAAACAAAAACUACCGGAGAAAUAGGCGCUGCGCCUACCGGUGCUGCACCGCUGGGAUUGGUUUCCAAACCACCUCUGAGCAAGCCGAAGACACGUGUAAUGUGCGACGAUGGGCGGGUCUUCGAAGUUGCGGAAAACACGCUCUACCACGGUACGAUUGAGUCGGAGACGCCUGAACCUGCAGCUGCACGUGCAGACUUGUCGCUCAAAGACGACAAAGCACGAGACACGGCGCAGGACGGAGGUCCUGAGCAUUCAGGUCGUAACAGCGGCGAAACGUCGGAGCGUUUGGUUUUGCGUUGUCCAGAGUUUGAGAAUGUGCCCCUGCAAGCGGACCGACGACAGAUGGCAGCGCUACGUUCGGACGGAACGACGCGGGUGAGCUUCUUUCUGAAACCGUGCACGGACGAGGAGGAAAGGCGCCGCAGCGUAUGAGAUUGCACGAUUCCCCCUCCCCCUCAUUUGUGGUCUUCAUGCAAAGUAUCUACCACAGCCACCCGCUUCAUGCUUGUUCUUGGCACACCUCGCAUGAUGAGAGAUUCCGGAAGCCGAAACAGCACUAGAAUCGACGGUCGUCAAUUUGUCAUGUAAAGAAAGCCUGCUUUGCCAGAGCUCGUGUUGCGUGUGAAGAAUGCCGACCAAAAAAUCAGUGGGAGGGUGGUGGAUUGUGCACUCUCAUACAGCGCGGGCUUUGGUCACAAGGCCGUCACACUACAUCCGCAUGUCCCGCUCGCGCUGCCGAAUCCGUUCGACAGUAUGCUUGACGCAGUCAGCCUCAACAGGCCGGGCAGCAGGAGCGCCGCCACUGCGGCAUCUGCUGUCUCCAACGCCGCCAACACGCAACAUGUUCCAGCCGGCAGCAGCACCAGCGACGUGGUGGUCCUUCCUCCCACCGCAGGUGGCACAGGGGACGAUCAGCAUCAACUUUCCGGCCGACCCAACGGCGCUAGUACAACUAGCGGGAAUCGGCACGCCAGCCCCAAGCUAAUUCCUAUCAGUGAAGACAGCCGCGAAUGGUUUCGUGGUGUGAUCCGGGAACUAGUUGGCGCGCAGGCGUGGGACCGCAUCGAUGGAAAACGCUUAGUAUCAGAGUGCACAGCUCGUCGGCCCGCCCUUCCCCUUGUAUCGCAGUCUUUUUCUGUCAUGUUUUUUCUUGCAAGAAAAUGAUGGCAAUUUAUCCUAUCCACCAGCAGCUGCCCUGCUUUUUUUCAGCUGCAGUGUUUGCAUGUCAGGAUCCAGGAGCAGCACCCGCCCAAGCAGUACUUCAUCUUCAUCUGCGAUCGUGCGUAACACCUGCGUAAAUUUGAUCAUGUCACGCAAAAUAAGUUAGCUGCGCCUUUGCUGGGCACCAGUGAAGAUGCCCACCAAAGGACAGGGACAGUGGGGGAGCUGCCCUUUUGGACUCCGAUACUUGGACGAGCUGAUGGACAAGAUGGCCGACGGCGAAGACAUCGCGACGCCUUUGCUAGCCGCCAAGGGGGGCGGGCAGGUGGUCUCGGCGGAGAAGGGCAAGGCGUUCAAGGCACUGUACAUGCUGACUACACGGAAAGCCAACGACAUCACGGAUUCCCAGCGGCGCACGAGCAAGGCCUGGGCCAAGUCGGUCCUGGGCCUCACGCCCUUGGACCAGCUGUACAGCGGCGGCGGGAAAGGGAAUCCACAGCCGAGCCCCCUCCUGCUCAGCCAGCAGCACCAGCAACGCGCCAAAGGUCCGCUCCCGACGACAACGGACGUCCUCCAUCCGCAGUUACACCCAACCACUUCCUCGAGCAGUGCCUCGUCCACAGCCGGACGGCACGGAGAGCAACACGGGGGACCUCCUCCUGGCGCUGCAGACGGUUUCCAGCUGACCGCGAAUCAUCAGCCGAGGGACGUCGAAAGCCUUGCUUCAGGCGAUCAACUGGACCGCGGGCCGCACAGCGCACCAGCUGGUGCAGCCGCUAAUGCCAUUACUGGUGGCAGCAGCACCGCUCCUGCAUCGGGAGGCUUGUUACGAGGCGGCGGACCGACGGGCGAUGAACUUGACGAGGUCCUCGAAAGCGCACGGAAGACGCUCGAAUUCCGGGGCAGGAUCGGUGUAUGGAUCUCGCGAAGCGGCGGGAGCAUAGACUGCCCGGAAGCGGCAGCGGAGUUCGGGACACCGAAAAUUGACAUCGGGCAUGACCACCUCCCAGAAGGGGUGUGGCCAAGGCACGUAGUUGUUGGUCAAGAGGUCUGGUUCAACGCGGACCUUGUGUCGGGAGAACAAGAAGGGCUACCUCCCGCUGAAAGUAUCGCGUCUGUUGUUGGAAAGGCUUUUUUUCCGGCGCUGCAUUUUCAGCUGCGAAAUGGGACCAGCACCAAGCGGGACGUCGGUACAACUAGUCAGGCCGAUGCGUCGCCGCCGCCUGCAAGUACUAGUGCAGGAGCAGUAGUAGCUGCAGCACCACUGGCCGCUGCUGAUGGAGGCGCGCUCCUCCAUAAAACGGGUGUUGCCCCCCUGGAGCGCUCUACUACCGCCCUCCAUUCCUCGCAGCCACAGCCCCGCCAGCAUCCCGGAGGAGCGGCCGCUGCGUCUUCCAAGAGCAGCGCCGGGGCAGUUGCGUCUACUACCAGUGACGCAUUCCACGCAGCACUUUGGCAAGCCUCAGCCAUGGAAAACCGUAACAAGUCAACCUCGUCACCGAUGACGACGAUGUCUGCUAGCAAGCCACAACUGGCAGGUGCAGGCGCCGCCGCAGGAGGCGGUCCCUCGUUUUUCCCGAAACCACAGCUACCGCUUGCUGCGGCACCGGGGCCCGGGGCGACGACCAGUACUUAUGGGAGCGUCACGAUCGAAAUCCACCAAGGUGAAAGCUUUGCGAUGCACAAUUUCGGUGCCACUUGGGAAUCCAAGAAUUUCUAAGCAGCGCAGGACAAAUUUUCCGAGCACCGAAAUCCAUUUUGUCACUGUCAUGCUUCGUCGGCAAAAAAGACGAGCUCGGUCGUGCUACUGAUUUACUUUCAUUCUAGCAGCUCUAUCUCCUAUAACAAUCCCAAACAGGCUGACAAUUGCUCUCACUCGCGUGCCCUCCUAGAACACAAGAAAGAGAAACGCACUGCAUUUACAAUUUUUUCAACUUUGUCGAUUGCUAUCCUGACGCUUCCAUACAAGUACACUGGGCGUGAACCGCGUCCAGAGCGGGGGACUAUGGAGGGAAAGUGGGUGAUCUUCUUCUUUCCGCGUGCUGCUAGAACGCAGCUGGUCCUCCUCCUCGUGUGGGUAGUGGAUUUUUCCCUAGUCCGCUCUUCCUCAUCAAAUCAGUCCGGAACUAACACUAAGUAAACCAAGAACGCAUGGAAUUAAGUAUACUUUCCCUGAUUUUGGAUUUGCUGCGCUUCUUGCAUGACGAAACGGCUGAAAUAAGCUCCAAAAUCGCAACAUGGCACAAUGCGACUUGUGCUUUUCUUGAAAGUAGGCCUUGCUAGCAGCACUCGUUUCAUCGCCAAGAUCGCUCACUUGCCCUCUAUAAAGACACAACAAGCCGAUUGCAAUUUCGUUCGAAGACAUCGGGUCUCGGACUGAAUUCACGCCAAGAAAUACGGGCAGUGCGUCUAACAAGAACGCCCUAAACAUGGCUGGUGCGCAUAGCAAGAGCAUGGCGCACAAAAACAUGCCUAUGCCACUGCCGGCGCCAGUUCCCCCUGCAGCAACAGGCCACCAUCUGCAGAACCAACAGUAUCCUAUGUAAAAACGUGCCCACCCCAUAGGUUCUGUCGAGAUAUCAACCCUUCAAAUAAGGGCAAAGCCAGAGCAAGGAAGAGCGUCAUUUUUGUGCCUUUGGUUUUAUGAGGUGCUGUUAUUUCCUUAAUCAUCCUAAUUUCAUUUUGAUUUUAUGCAACCGCUCGCGGUCGCCGUCGCGCCUGCAGCUCCAGCAUGUUGUUCUACUUACUGGGAUAGAAAUGCGGAAUCCCCGGUGUCCUUGCACUACAGGUACAGAACCACUACGUUAACAAUUUACAGAGUGUGCCUCUACUCAUGUUGCGGGGACGAGGAAGGCACGGGCUGCAUGAUAUACCAUAGCAGGUAUGCCCUAGUAUCUUCUUUUGACAUUCGCUUGCUGAAUGUGAGUAGUACUACAGAUUCAAUCAUUAUACCAAGAAUGGGGCGGGGACGUUUUUGCACAGGAUAAACCACAGGUACUGAAGAUGAUUUGAAGCCAAUACCAAUUACUUCCGUACGUCAUUGACAUUUGUGGCAGAGUAGGUCUGGAUUUUUUUUUUCGAGGUGCCCUCGUUUAGUUUUGUGCUUGCUACUCCUGCCGUAUUUUUUAUCUUUAGUCUUCGAGCGUCUGUGUGUUCCUCACACAGAUAGAGGUGAUGCGCCAGCAAUCUCAUUGGCAUUGUUUUGCCAUGCCCUAACUUUUCUUUUGCCGACCCUGAAGCGCGACUUAAUUAUUCCCGGGUCGUAGUAAAUUUGCAAUCGCGGCGCAGGCCCCGCGCGAUGUGGUCGGCAAGUGCAAGUGACUUGCGCUGUUUUACUAAGUGAAAAUUAAAAAAAAAAACACCAGUUCGAUGUGUAGUAGACAAGAGAAGACCGCUUUUCUGCGUACCUGACGAGUUCGAUGUGUUAAAAAGCUAAAAUAAAAAAUGCAUCGUGGCUCCGCAGCUGCGUUUAUUUAAAAUUCAAAUUACAGCUGAGCGCCGGUCGGGGCCCACCUCCGCCAGCGGAUCUGUUGGGACAGCAAGAACACGAUACGCCGUUUAUGGGAGAUUUAUAUCACAAGAUGUCCUCCACCACAACCAGCAACAAUAACAACAAACUUGAAGGCCAUCUUCAGGAGGAAGAUACAGUGCUAAAACAGAUUGCUGAUUAUGAAUCGAAGUGUGUCACGUAGAAAAUCGACAGAAUGGAAAUAGGUAGUUUGCCGGGGAGAUGCAGCUUGACAAUGACAACAUGAACAUAAUAUAACAAAGCGUCUGCAUUGCAUGGAGGCCACAUGAAGCCUCGGACAACAAGCCUGAUUUUUCAUGUAGAAUUAUGACAUGAGCAAAGAGCGAAGCUGGUGGAGUUGGAAACAAGUAUGACGCGAGUAUGUGGUUUCCCGGCCCCGCAAAAAAGUGCGGAAAGUCCAGCAACUACUUACGACAUUUUUUUCCCUUUUGACGAGUUUCCACUUGGCACUGCCAUACUGACAUCCGUGAUAUUAUUUGUGACGAUGCUUCGGAGAUGUUGUCCUCCGACGACGCUACCGCCGGGGGCUCUUCCGCGCCGGAGCACUUGUAUACGUACAAUCAAAACCCUUUUUCGCAACCGCCGCCGGACGGGAUUUUGCCGCUGCAAGAGUUCGCACCGCAUGCAGAGUUCAUGGACCACGACUCAGCUUCGGUGCGCAACCUGGAGGUAAGCGACGGGGGGAAAAACGGUCCUUUUCGAAAUCGGCCCGCGCCCGGAGACUCCUUGUUACAAUCCGACGAGCACCAGGCGCAGGCCGCCGGUGCCACGGAAAGAAGUCGAAGUGGUGGAGAUCACAGCGUCACCGGCCAGGGUGGUGGAGGACGCAGCACGGGCACUGUUGCAGCCCCUCAAGCUCAAGCUCAUGGUCUGCAUUGGAAUGGGAGCGGCCAUACUGCGGGUGGCGUUGCGAGUGCAGCGACGUCCUCGUCGACCGGUGCAGCUAACCGUGGUCUUCAUCAUGCCAAACGUAGCUGGGGUGCAGGCCUUUCCAUUGAUACCGGGGAACAAGGAAGUGCUGCGACUGGGUCCACAGUGGUCGCGCAACAUGAAAGAGACAACACCGCCAUCACGCCAGCCAGCUCUUCAGUGCGCAAUCGGAUUUCUCCAGCCUCAGACGUGCUGCCACCGCCACCCUCGAACACGUCCCGCUAUGCCUUGCAAAAGUAUCUCACUGGGUAAAAAUUCUAUAAAUUCAAGUUGCAUGCGGAUGCGGCUGGCGAAUUCUUCGUCUUCCAGAAUGAAAAAUAAAAGGACUCUGUAUCAACACUCCUGUCACACAUCACAUUCAGAAGAUCAACAAGCACAGCUAGACAGCAAUCAUGUGAUUUGAUGUACCUGAGUCUGAUACCUUUGCAGUUGAUACCCGCGCGGGGAUCACCAAAAUAAAAUCUCCCCUGGCAACAAGUGCCAGCCAUGGCGUUGGUGCGCCCCCAACGGCGUCGUCGUCAGGUUCGAACGGACUGCAGAGCAAGAAUGCGACCUUCUCGACAAUACUGCCUCCACCAGGCGUAUCUAUGCUGCGUAAAAUCUCCCUUGUUCUCGGGAAUUUCAAUUCUUGGUAUGAAAAAAGAUGAAUAGUAAGUUGUACUUACAUCAUCAAAUGCAAUUACGUGCAAAAAAGGUUUAAAGAUGUCGUGUGUUGAAGAUUUAUUUUGAUGAAUUGCGCUACGCAGCUGCGUCUGUGUGGGUGUACUGCUUUACGAUUACGAAGAGGAAGUGGGGUCGAGCCUGAGGGGCAUUCUACGCUGGAUAGAACUACCGCCCCCGUUGAGCUCCAGCAGCAGUCUCAGGAGUUAUCCCGUGAAAGCAUGUCCCCAUGCCUUAAGUUCUGCUGCAAGAAAACCUCCUUGCACUACAACGCCUACGUACACUACAUACUCAAAAAUCACUCUCGUGAUGAAGAUGACUUCCGUAGUGCAAUAAGAAAACUUCGAAGGCAGCGUCUGCGUGUGGCAAGUACUUAGGUUUAGGUAUAUCUAUAUAAAUUCUACAUGUAACCUUAUAAAAGUAAAAGGUAAACCGCACUAAGUGUGUGAGUGUAAGGUCCUUGCCAAAGAAGUCGUCGUGCGCCUAGUGCACGCUGCGCGCAGCCGGUUUAUUAUGAGCUGUCCAUGAUCCAACAAGACGAACUCGAACUCUUCCAGUGGCGUGGCAGGGGGCAUGAUUGCACUGCAUAGGAUUCCGCACCGUCCGAGCUCCGCUACGGCGGCGGCGCUAAGCAAUGGGGUAUUAAGCAGGAUACUUCAUCACGACCUCUUCAGGAGAUAGAAAUUUUUAGUUUCAUCAUCAUGCGGAAAAGGAAAAUAGAUUUAUUCGAAUGCAUAACAGCACUCUUCUGUGAAGUGUAAGUGAGUAAGAUAAUGAUAAAUCUGUGAUGUUGUUUCUAUGUGUCCGACCUCGGUCGUGCAAUAAAAGACGAUGACGAGUCCUUCGUCGAGGACAUUGGAGCUUGACUACAGCUAUGGCAGGCUAAAAAUGUCGUAAGCAGAAGCAGUGGCAGAGCCAGUUCAGAACGAAGACUUAAUUUUUCCAGGCUUCGCGAUAGUGAAUUGUAAAUCUAAAUGUAGAAGCCGAGCAUACACCUGCACGAGCAGCCAGCGCAGCAGAGAUGCAACCUUUGAGUUUCUAUUCCUCUUGAGAUUCAUCGCGAUGACAAAACCACAGGUCCUCCCGCCACCUGGCUAUGAGAGUGGGCAUGCUUUUGCUUCCCCCUCCUCCUCUUCUGAGGUGCCCCAAGACGAGUAAGAAAACGGGGAAUUCCAAUCUUCAAGAAGUUUAUUAAGUUGCUGGCGCCGAAACAGCUUUUGCAUAGCAGCACCAGGGUGGUAUAAUUACUAUAUAUGUGGCUGUCCCUGUCGUGAGCCUCGUCAGGUAAAGAACCCUACUUCUCAAUACUGCAUCGACGUGCGCCAAAGCCCAAAGCCAAAGAUCGGAUACGUGUUUUUGCACCACCAACGAGAUUCGUAGGGGGGGGAGGGGAAUUGUCCACGAGCAUUCUGGCAAAGGAGCAACGAGUAACGAAAACGACGAGGAUGAGGAUGAAAAGUUGCUGGCUCCACCCGGAGCGUCGACAACGACGGCAGACCAGCCGCAGUUGGAAAGCCCCAAUCUCCAGGCAUUGAUGUCGAAGAUCGACCUAUCCAGCAUACAGAGACAAAAAAAGUUUGUCGCGAUCCCGAUCUCCACGCAUGUUCAUUUUUCCAAAGCCAAAAUGUCUGUCGUGUGAUGUCAAAGAACACGCAUCCCUUCUAGUUGUGUUUUGCAACAUUCCAAAAAAGAUUUAUUAUCAUGCAUCAAAACCUGCCACUUUCACUUUGUGACUGGGACUGCGGCAAACUUUUUUUUUUCUUCCCGAUACAGAUUGGAAGUCCACACGCUCGACGAGAAAGAUCGGGAGAAUGAACUGCAUCUCAACGCGUUGGCAAGUAUCGCCAUGCCACAGGCUGGCCCACCUAGCGCAGUGCCGGCUGAGGGUGAGGGCAACACCAACGCGAACGGAGGUUCCACCGCGGCUGCCGGGCCACUACGAGGCUCAAGCAAUACAGCUCAAGACACGGAGGUCGCUCUGCCGGCAUCCGUAGCUCGGGAGGACUUCGUGGACGCCGCCAAGGCAGAAUAUGAUGUGGUCAGAAUUAAAAUCUCAAAACUUUCAAAAAAAAAACUCGGGUUUCUGAAAUCCGAGGCGCAGGCCGCAAAUACUUGCGCGCGGCGUGUCGCGUGACACUCCAGGACCAGGAAAGCACAAGAACGCGAGUCCUACAUGAAUGAGCGAGGCGAUGGCUUUGCCUUUGGAGCGGGAGUACCUUCGCGCCCCGCAUUCCAGAAGCUCCUCGCGCGGAGUCCGCAGCUUUUUUCGUUUUUGCCCUCACGACAAAGCCCUCUUUGCCGAUCUCGUCCUCUGGAUUGAAGACCCUUGGGGGCCUCAACAGGCACCCUCGACCUUGGGAGGGAGGCCAAUUUCUCUUUUUCAAACAUGCAGGUUUUUUUCACGCGAGCGAUGGCAUGCUGGGACUUCACUGCUUUCGGUCCCAGGAUGUAUUCUAGCCUCCGGAGGGCCUCACCCGAAACUCGCAAGCCGGACCCCGUGAGGCCUGCUGCCAAUAUGAUCAAUAAAGCAGGAGCUGCACCCUUGCCAGAGCCUAAACGACAGAGCAUAAGCACAAACGUAAGGUCGCAAGGGGAGCCAAGGCCGUGGCCCCUUUGCCUAGCUGCAAGGGGGAGCAGCAGGUCAGAAAAUGUCCGCACCUACGACAGAGGGGACAAGGGUCGCGACAGGCAAUACUUUUGGUUCGUGCGUGCAGUUCCGCAAAAAAGGAAAAGCAAACACAAACGCGCUGGAUUGUUCAAGCCGAACGGCAGAUUUUUUUCGAAAGUUUUGCGAUUUCAAUUUAGACCGGGAGGGCUUUGGGGACGCUGCGGAGGGAGAGGAGCACGAAGAUUACG